AUGUCGACGAUGGACGAGCAGGUCAAAGCGUGGUACCUGGCCGAGCGCGGCCUCAUCUUGAACCAGAUGCCUUCGACGACCGCACCUACGGCCACGCCGACCCCAACGCCGCCGCCUAAUUUCUUGCCUUCGCUGGAGCGCGCGCUAAAUGGGCAUUUUACCCCGCGCGCGCAUCUUUUGGCGCGGCUGUUGGGAUGCUCAAAGAUGCACCCGAAGAAGAAUGCAUCUUGUCGACUUCAGUGGACCACACAUUACCAAAUAAUCAAGGGGAUCUGUGAGGGCGUACAUUAUCUUCACCAACAGCGUAUUAUUCACAUGGACCUCAAACCUCAGAAUGUACUAUUGGAUGAUAACAUGACGCCCAGAAUUGCGGAUUUCGGUCUAUCACGUCACUUAAGUGGAAGCCAGAGUCGGGCUAUUACUGAUCACAAGCUUGGGACAAUGGGGUAUAUGGCACCAGAAUUCUUAAUUAGUGGAGAAAUCACCUUCAAGACCGACAUAUAUAGUUUGGGCGUUAUUGUAAUGGAGAUCCUUAUGGGACAUAAGGAGUGCUCCAGUGUUAAGGAGGUAGUUGAAAGCUGGACGGACAUGUUUGGGACAUCAAAUAGUCACACAUCAUUGGAACAAGUAAAGGCAUGUGCCGAGAUAGGGAUAGAAUGUACGAACUAUUACCCAGGGAACAGGCCGACAACAUGGUUUAUCAUCCGUGGAAUACUGGGUGACGCGGAAAUUUCAAAUUGGCCUGUUACAAGUGAUGUAGGCGGCGGCAGCAAGUCUCCAGCGGCAGCUGUGUCCUCCUUGGAGCGGGGUUCUGUGAUUAUUGUGCUCUUCGUGCGGCUGUUGUGCGUGCCUCCGGUGCCGUGGAUUUCCAGGAAGGGAGGGGAUAGGGUUCCCCUCCUCCAGUGGUUUCCUCACCAGCUCGCCGAGGAAGCCGGAGCUUCUGAAUUUUGGUUCUUGGCCCCUGCUGCUGUUUUUUUAUCCUGGCAGCUUACCCUCUUUCUUGCCCGGUCUCAGAUUUUGGGUCUGCUUGGCUCUAGGCGAGUCGCCGUCGACAUGUCAGGAACGCCUGGUUCCGCUCCUGUGGCUUCGUUGGGUACCAUCCAGGCAGGUUCUAGGGUGAACUAG